CCGGAAGAAGACAAUAUGGCUGAUUUUAUUACCGGGACUCUCUGCUGGGGUCGACCUUGGACAGAAUACUUUCUUCGUGGUAACUCGUCAUCCCCAGAGUCGUCGGAGACUUGUCCCUUGUGUCCCUUGCCUCUUGGGUGUCAGGCCUACGCGACCCUGUUUCGCUCCCGUUGGACAGAACCAUUUGGGUUCAACGACGCCUAUGCCUACGACCCAAGGGAGAGAGAAGCCGAGCUCCCUCGAAAAGUCAACCCCUACAAUAACCUGUUCAACCGAAGGGACUGGUACUACUGGUUCGUGAGGAGGAAGAAGAUCGUUAAGUGGUUGUACAUCAUCCGGCAGAAAAUGGCAUGGAACGAGGGCAACUUUGAUGCAAUCAAUGUCACCUUUUAUGAUGUCAUGGCGGACUGGUACAAAUGGACAUCUCCACCAGCAAAGCUACUCCUACCAAACAAAACCAAGAUUGCUGUAGCCCAGAUGAACUGUACGGAAGAUAAGGAGGAGAAUUUGGAGGUCGCAAUCAACUUUAUUAAAACGGCGGCGACCAAACAUGCCUCCAUGAUAUUCUUUCCAGAAUGUUUCGAUUUUGUUGGAGAGAAUAAGGCGCAAACAUUGCAGCUCGCGGAACCUUUGGAUGGCUUCCUGAUCACACGCUACUCUGAAUUGGCGAAACAGUUUGGGAUUUGGAUUUCUCUGGGUGGAUUUCAUGAACAUGAGAAGGAUGAAGGCGAGAGAGUCGUGCCUACAACUGGAGGGAAGGCUGACGACGAGGGGGGACCUUGCCUUAGAAAUGCCCACCUUCUUCUCAAUCCUGAGGGCGAGUUAGUCUCCGUCUACAGGAAGAUGCACCUUUUUAACGUUGACAUUCCAGAGAAGAACAUUUCACUCCAUGAAUCGUCCUAUGUUCGCCCAGGAGAUGAAUUAGUCUUGUCAGAAGUGACACCAAUUGGGCGGAUUGGCCUGGGAGUGUGCUAUGACCUCAGAUUCCCUGAAUUUGGAAUGGCAUAUCGAGCCCAAGGCGCUCACGUCCUUACGUAUCCUUCUGCUUUCACCGUACACACGGGACAGGCUCACUGGGAACCAUUAUGCAGGGCUAGAGCCAUUGAGAAUCAAUGCUUUGUCAUUGCUGCAGCCCAGUGUGGCGAACACAAUGCCAAAAGAGCAAGCUAUGGAAAUUCAGUGAUUGUGGACCCUUGGGGAACCAUUCUUGCUCAAGCAGAAGGAUCGAAUCCUGGUCUCAUCUUCGCCGAAAUUGACCUAGCGCAUUUGGAGAAAGUUCGGCAAGAAAUGCCUGUCAUUUCACACAAGGCCCCUGGACUGCUUAGCGUUCUUGGCAAAGACAGUGGAUUGCGGGAGGACGAGUAUACCGCUCAAAAUGCAUUAGUCACGAAUAUUCUUACGGCAGCAGCUCCAGAGACAAAAUCUGAACUUGGCCUUUGCACCAUUCCUACCACUGAUAAUAGUAGAGCAGCAACAUUCCUGUUCGGCCCAAUUGUAGCCAAGUAUGAAAUUGUGUUUCUCGAAAAUAAAAAUGCUCGAGCAUUUGUGAAUAGAAAGUGUAUCGUUCCCGGACAUGUGCUGAUCUCCACGAAACGGGUGGCCAAGCGAUUGAGUGACCUUUAUCCGGAAGAAGUAGCAGACCUAUUCCUUUUAGCACAGAAGGUGGAGCAAAUCAUGGAGUCGGUGCAUAAUGUGACCUCUUCCACUGUUACCUUGCAAGAUGGAAAGGAUGCCGGACAAACAGUGCCUCAUGUUCAUAUCCACGUUGUGCCAAGAAAGGUGAACGAUUUUGAAGACAAUGAUUCAAUCUACAAGGAGCUAGCAACCCAUGAUAAAGGGGCGGACAUAGCUUGGCGAAAGCCAGAAGAAAUGAAGGAUGAAUGUGAUAGACUGAGAGCAUAUAUUAGGACCAAUUUUCCUCAAUUUCUUGCUCCGUAGAAAUAAGACAAAAAAAUACUGUUGAGAUUUUCCGAAAUAUUUACUAAAUAAAUAUAUCCCAUAUUUGGA